GCCGCCCUUGCUUUGUAUUGUGAAUCGACCUAGAUUGAUCUGAAUCUGAUAGUCGCACGUCGAGACUGGAACCUGGUGUGUUCGCUAGGAGCCACAGCCACGUCGCUUGCUUGCCAGUUUUGCAUCACCGACCGUGCGUACUACGUACGUUCUCCAGCCUCCAGGAGUCAAGUAAGCACCCCUUGUCGGUCUAUCUGGUGCCGUGCGUGUGUGUUCUGUCCAGCGCCACAGACGCAAACUCCAAAGUCCAACCCAUGCACCGGCACGCACGACGACACCUGGAUGGUCGCGGGGCGUGGCAAGAAACCACCGCCCCGGCGCCCCAAACCCAACAAAUCCCUACGCCGGCACGCCCCCACCAGACGCCGCCACAACCAGACGCGUUCCGGUCGCAAAGUAUACUAAACUAGCCACGCACGCCUCGCUACAUCGCCUUGCUUCCCUCGCCAGUUCGUUUUUAUACGCCAGCGCGCGCGCGCCCGCGGCACCGAGAAACGCGCCGAUGCCGACGCCGACGCCGAAGUCUCGCCGCCAUGCGCUGCUGCUGGCCGCGCUCGUCCUCGCGGCUGGCGCGGUCGCUCAGGCGGACGACGACCCGUGGGACAGGAAGAGCGACGGCGACGGCAGGAGAGGGGUCGUGUACGGCGCGAGGAAGCCGCCCAGCUUCAGCGCGCCCAUGGUGGUGCUCCUCGUCGCGCUCAUCGCCACCUUCUUCUUCAUCGGCUUCUUCUCCAUCUACAUCCGCCAGUGCGGCCGCGGCAACUCCCCCACCAUCCCGGCCGCCGCGUUCCUCGUGCUGUCGCGGCAGCAGGAGCAGCAGCAGGCCCGGCCGCGCGGGCUCGACCCGGAGGUGGUCGCCUCGUUCCCCGCCAUGACCUACGCCGAGGCGAGGGCGCUCCGGGACAAGGACGGCGACGACACGGCCGUGCUCGAGUGCGCCGUCUGCCUCAGCGAGUUCGAGGACGGGGACCAGCUCCGGCUCCUCCCCAAGUGCAGCCACGCGUUCCACCCGGACUGCAUCGGGGAGUGGCUCGCCGGCCACGUCACCUGCCCCGUCUGCCGCUGCAGCCUCGCCCCCGAGGAGCCGGCCCCGGCCGCGGCUGAAGAGAACAGCGCCGGUGCGGAGGAGCAGCGGGCGCCGGAGGUGGCCAUCGACAUGGACCCCGAGGGAGACGGCGCGGCGCAUGAGGAGAGGAUGAGGGAGGCGGCAGAGCUGGAGCGGAUCGGCAGCCUGCGGCGCGCGGUGCGGUCGCGGUCGGGGCGGCCGUUCUCGCGCGCGCACUCGACGGGCCACUCCCUCUCGGCCCGGUUCGACGGCGACCUGGAGCGGUUCACGCUGCGCCUCCCGGAGCACGUGCGCAGGGACAUGGUGGCCGCGGGCGAGGAGAGCCUGCGCCGCACGGUGGCGCGGGACGCCGGCGCGCGGAGCGCGCGGAUCGGCCGGUCCGACCGGUGGCCGUCGUUCAUCGCCAGGACGUUCUCCUCCAGGGUGCCGUUCUGGGCGGCCUCGAGGAGGGCGCCGGACGCGGAGCCGGUGGGAGCGCCCGCCCCUACGACCCCGACGGCGCCGCCGCUGCCAAGAACCGUCCGUGAGAAGGCGCCGGACGGGUCCGUCGUGGGCUCGGCCACCACCAAGGGGAGCGUGCGCUUCGACUGCCUCGGCGGCAGGGUCGACGGCGACAGCGAGGAGGAGCCGGAGGAGGAGAAGGCGAUCGUCCGGCGAGUCUGAAAGAGCGCGGCGGGAUUCGAUCGCUGGUCGUCUCGGCGCGCCGUCCACUCUCGGAUGGUCGCAUCGGAGCGCCACCAAACGUCAACGCGCGGCACAUACCGCAUUAAUUAGCGGGUCGAUCAGGAAUCAAUGCGCGACGAGGAUUGAAAAUGAGGUGCCGCGGACUCGUCACUGUCGACGUAGUACGUAGAGUGCCCGCCAUGGCGCCAUGUGAUCUUCGAGGAAGAAGCGGCUCAUGCGCAUGCGCGCGCACGGAGCACGCAGCGUCGAAGAAUAUGGAUUUGUUUCUGUUGAAAUCUGUUGCCGACUUUGCUUUCGUUCUCCUGUAGAUUGCUUUUUUUUUUGUGAGAUUGGUGGCGUACAUACCGUUGAAAGAUUCAGUUUUUCAUUGCCGUUGAAUGAAUAAACAGGGGCCGGGGUCAGUCGGUGUGUA